CAAAACCAAGUACAGUACCUCAGUUUCACAUAAUAAUAUACAGGGCCGUCCAGAGCUUGUAUGAGGCCCGGAGAUAGUUACUUUCUGGAGAGGAAGAAACGAAGUAAACGAAGAGAAAAGAGGAAUAAAUCAAGAUACGGGGCUGGUCAUCGGAAGAAAGACGGAAAAGUGUAAAGUGCACACCGGUUAAAAAUGGCUGCUAAUCUUGGCAUGUGUAUAAGUAACGUCGAGGCUGGUUAUUUUCUCUCCCGCUUACAUUAGCGGAUGUAUAACUAUGCAAAACUCAAAUAUAGCUUUAUCUGUAAACUUUGCAGAAGAUAUACAUAUUUGUGGGGCGUGCAAAGUUCAGUUUGGUGAAAUUGAAAAUUUUCUUCUACAUAAACAGAAAACUUGCCCUUAUCUUAAAUUAAGAUCCGAUAACGUUUCUUCGCAGAGUAGUUUGUCUAAUGUUCUUUGCGACCAAUCUACAAAAUCGCUGAUCGAUGCCGAACCUUCUCCGGAUUUAACUGGCGAUAAAAUAGAGUCUUCGGAAAGAGACGAUUGUUUGCUUCCCGAUGGAGAUGACGGUCCUCGGCUGUGCUCUGCCGACGGAAAUAAUGUUAGCGAUUCUCAGUUUGAGGAACAGAUUUCGACACAGAACAAUGCUAUUUCUUCUGGUGAAAAUAAUAGGUAA